ACCUCCCCACAUCAGUCCCGGAACCGCCUAUGCAUUCCCUGCAACCUCCCAGCUCCGCCCAGCGGCCAGGGGCCAGCCCAAACCGACUAACACAGGCAGUUCAAAGAUCAUUCUGGAGGUAUCCUGCGCUCCGGAUCCAGGGAUCUCCCUCUCCACACACACGCAACAGACCCCCAGCACUGGGAGGCCCGGAGGGUUUGGUCCCUCUGGCAAGAGAGACUUCCUGCGGUGCCCAAACCUUCCUCGUUUGUGCUGGGGGUCCUGGAGCCCCCGCUGGCAGAGGGCACCGACUGCAACAGGCAUCUCCACAGACCAGCUGUGGCCCCACCAUGAAGUCCGUGCAGAAACAGUGGCUAGAAGUAUUGGGCGCCUACCAAUACGUGCUCACUUUCCUCUUCAUGGGCCCUUUCUUCUCUCUUCUCAUUCUCUUCCUCCUCUUCACGUCCUUCUGGUCGGUCUCUGUUCUGUACCUGGUGUGGCUCUUCCUGGACUGGGACACACCCAAGCAAGGUGGAAGGCGCUUUGAGUGGAUAAGGAACUCGGCCAUGUGGAAACAUGUCAGGGAUUAUUAUCCUGUCAAGCUGGUGAAAACCGCAGAGUUGCCCCCCGACCGCAACUAUGUGCUGAGUGUCCACCCACACGGGAUCAUGUGCAUGGGAGCCUUCUGCAAUUUCUCCACCGACGUCAACGGCUUCUCCAAGAAGUUCCCCGGGAUUCAGACCUCAGUGACAGGGCUGGACAUCCUCUUCCACCUUCCCGUCUAUCGGGACUACCUCAUGUCCUAUGGACUGUGUCCUGUGAGCCGGCAGAGCCUGGAUUUUAUCCUGUCACAGCCCCAGCGUGGGCAGGCUGUCAUCAUUAUGGUUGGGGGUGCCCAGGAGUCCCUGUAUGCCAUCCCGGGGAAGCACUGCCUCAUUCUCCGCAAUCGCAAAGGCUUUGUGCGCCUGGCACUGAGGCACGGGGCCUCCCUGGUACCUGUGUACUCCUUUGGGGAGAAUGACAUCUUCAAAUUUAAGGCCUUUGCCACAAAUUCUUGGCAGUAUAUGUGUCAGAUCACCUUUAAGAGGAUCAUGGGCUUCUCUCCUUGCAUCUUCUGGGGCCGGGGGCUCUUCUCGGCCAACUCCUGGGGCCUGCUCCCCUUCGCCAGGCCCAUCACCACUGUGGUGGGCCGCCCCAUCCCAGUGCCCCAGCGCCUGGACCCCACCGAGGAGGAAGUGGACCAUUAUCACAUGCUUUUUAUGGAGGCUCUGGAGCAACUCUUUGAGGACCACAAGGAAAGCUGCGGGGUCCUAGCUUCUACUCACCUCACCUUCAUCUAACCUUGCUGUCCCCCUCCCCUCCACUCCCCCAGCCCUGCGCCCCUCAGCCCAGGGCACUGAGAGCUAUGCCUACUGCCUCUCUGUACUGCUCCAAUAAAAGCUCCUUCUCUCCCACCAUGAUGUUGUAGAAUCGGAUGCCUACAGAGCUCGCCCUCCAGCUCCGGGGGGUUGAGCAGGUCCGGGAAGGAACCGCCUUCAUUCUCCAGGACUGUGGGGAUCGGAACCCUGAAUUCUCCUACCAACAAGCCUUAAUUCGGCUGCAGCACCUCUUUCCUUUGCGGAGCCCUUUCUCCCUCUGGGAAUGAAGGCCUCUGCUUCCCCGAGAGCUGGAGGGCCUCAGGACUGAGUUGCGGAGGGUGGCUCUAGGGAGGCGUCGGCUUUGCUUUGCGGGGUGAGCUGGAGAAGACAGGACGGAUGGUGGAACAGCCAGCCCGAGCGAAAGCUGAGUUUCGUGAAGGGUUCCUGGCCGUAUGGGGAAUGCCAUGAUCUCGGAUGGGAGCAAUGAGGAUGCUGGUCCGUACUACACCCCUCUCUGUCCUUUAUGUUUCCCUGUGGCCGGGCAAUGAAUGAAACAGGGACCUGUUUGACCAGCAUCACAUCAGCUCCUUGCCCAGCAUCACGUCAACAUGAGCCCAUCUGCUCAGAAAGCACAGGACUCUUGUGAUGAUCGAAGAAUUAAAAUAUAAGGGCUCAGAACGGAGAUUGGCAAACUACCAUCACCCUUACCACAGACACGUCGUCAGUCCCAGGAGAGGGUAAGACCGCCCCAUCUAAGGGUCCUCGUGUGGUCACAGUGUCCCCUGACUGCAUCUGUAUCCCAGACUUCAGAAGAACUUGCUGGAAUGUAAUCGGCAUGCACCUACACUAGUCUCCCACUGUCCUAUAAAAUACAUUCAGUGGAAGAA